CUGGAGUUGGCCCAAAGUGGGAAAUUUAACUCUCAGAUUCAUGUGGAGUUCACUUGGGAGACCCAGACUCAAGAGUUUUAUGACAGUGAAGACGACCUGGAUGAGAAGGUGAGCCCAGUAACCAAGAACCGCUCUCCUCCAUCAUCAAAUGGAGGUGGUGUAUCUCCUUUUGCUCGAUGGAGCAGCAGUAAUAAUACGAGCAGUAAGCCCUGUCAGACGUAUGAGAAUCUGGAUUUUCUGUAUAGAAAUCCUCCGGCCAAUAGUGCCCCUUCUGGAGCUUCAAUGCCGCCACCACCACUGCCAGCUAAAUCAGUUCAAAGAGGUCGCUCAGAGCCUCAGAUUUCUGUCAUAACACAAGAUGGAAGUAACCUUCGACGACGCAGCUCUAACCCAGCCUCCCACACCUCCACUCCUCAGAUACAAGCGAGGCACGCUUCUUCUUUACCUAAUUCAGAGAGUCCAAGCCAGAGUCGGAGACCCCCGAAGUCCCCACACGGACAAGGAUGUCUGCAAAAGACUCACAGGCAGACAUGGGACGGCCAAACUAGCGCUAGUUCAGGAUCACAAAGUAGUUUUACACCAGUAUCCCCUCAGAAUCCUGCAGGACCUGUCAGUUCAGAGAAGACCACCUCAUAUCGCCGCAGCAGUGGAGGAAGCAGCCAGGGAAGGUGUGUGGGCAGCCAGGAGGAGUUGUACUGCAGCCCUGGGGAAAAUAACACAAGUUCCUCAGCUCCAUCCUCAUCCUCACCGACUGCGACCUGCUCCUCACGUUCCCGCAGGAAUGCAAUGGUUUCUGGAACCAGGCCACUGAAGCGUGUCAAGGCUUUGGUGGACUGCAGAGCAGUCAGCUCUGAGCAGCUUGCUUUCUUUAAAGAUGAAGUCAUUGUGGUUACGACCACCAAUGACCCCCACUGGUGGGUUGGACACAUUGAUGGGGACCCAUUGAGAAGUGGGACCUUUCCUGUCAACUAUGUACACAAACUAACAGACUGACGACGAUGUACGUCUGGACCAGUGGAACUUCAUCACAGAGUGGAUUUUACUGACAGGAAAUAACUACCGUAAUCAUGGAUUUAAGUAUUCAUUUCCACAAGAAGAUCUACUGGCCACCUUUUCAAGGCUUGGAACCCCACAAAUAAACUUUUAUUGUCAUCAUAAACCUGCAGCCACAUUUGAACAGUGCAACGAUAAAGAAUUGUAGCUGAUUGGAGCUAAUUUUGCAGAUAUUUAAGUAAACUAGGAUUUGUACAGAAGCAAAACUUUCCUGCAGGGCAACACCCUUCAAGGCACUUUAAAUUUAGAUGAAUCCUCUGCAGCGUUAGCAGCUGUUCAACAGGGAUGGAGCUGCUUUCUGUUCCAUCUGUAGUGUUUAAGUUACAGUAUAAUGAGACUUUUAAAGUUCUCCAGUGUCAGCUGCAGCCUGGGAUGUGUGUCUUCAACCAGACGUCUGUUCAGCCCAGAGACUUUGAGCCGACUGGCUGCAGACAAACUGGAGGAUCCAGUUUCUGCUGGCUCCAGCCAUCAGUCUCUGGAGAACUUAUCCACAGUGUGAUAAGAGGGGGAAAGACCCUCCUACCAGGGAAAGGUACUUAAAGUGUGCUUGUUAGGAACAGCUUCUCGCCGCAGUCAUUUGUUCAGCAAACAAGCUUUCAUUUCAUGGCACACUCGCACUGUGUGCACAGACACAAGUCUUCUGGGUGCAUUAUGGGAGAAAAGAUGUUGGUAGAGUUGUCCCUCCUCCAGUCAUUAAAAACGGAUAUUCACAUGUUACACAUUUCACUUACAUUACCAAUCAUUUUGUACAUACUUGUGUAAAACUGAUAUUUUCACAAUAUAUGUUUUAACAUUUGAUAUACAUGUUUAAAGACAGUGUUACUUUUUGUUGCCAGUUUGAAUUAUUUUUAUUUUUUGUUCAAGUCAUUUUUCUGAAGUUCAGUAUAAGGGAAUAGACAGAAGAACAUUGACAGGUAUGAGGGGGAAAGUGAAACAGCUGUCUGUCUUGUAAACUUGUACAAGUUUAAACAAACUGGUUAGUCUUUUAGCUCUUUGUUUCUGUUCGUAUUGUCGGUUACAGUGUUGGUGAUCGAGUAAAAAAAUCUUGAGACAGCUGAGUUAGCAGAUGCGUGAGGCAGCGAGUGUCUGCGUCAGACUGUCACUGUAAACUGGAA